AUGUAAUAUUUUCAGUUCAAUCAAGAUGCACGACUGUCCAACCUUGCCUGUGAAAUGUGCCUCACAAAUCUGUCCAUUGCACACAAUUUCAAAAGAACAUGCAUAUUGAGUGAGGAGAGAUUGAAGAAUUAUUUAAAAAUUAAAAUAGAAAAAGAUUAUUAUGAAGAUAUAGCAAUAUUAGAUGAUAAUAUAGAAAAUGAUAGUUUAAAACAAGAGUCGGAAGAAGUAAGAGAGAUUUGUGAUAGAGUAGAAGUGAGAAGGAGUAAACGGAGUAUAUCUAAAAAUUUGAAUGAAAACAAAGAAGUGAUUGUGUCUAAAAAGAAGUCAUACCGCAAAAAGAGCACAGAGCCUCGGAAAUUAAAAAAAUUAAAAUUCAGAAGACUAUUCUGCGAAACAUGCAAUAUUGCGUUUAAAACGAGAGAGCAGUCGGAGGCACAUAAAAAAGAGUUCCAUAAAGAAACGUCUUGUAUUUGUGAGUUCUGCGGCAAAGUGUUACCAAACCGCUCGGCCAUGUACACGCACACCCGGCUCCACUUGCCCGCGAGCCACAAGUGCGAGCAUUGCUCCUACUGCACGCCGCUCAAGUCCGAUCUGAAGAAGCACAUGUAUAUUAUACAUACUGACAUCAAACUCUACCAAUGCAGCGAGUGCCCACGCUCGUUCAAAACAUCAUCAAAUAUGAAACAGCACAUCAUAAUACACCAUAAACAGAUACGCAAAUAUGCUUGCACAAUGUGCGACAAGAGAUUUUAUGAUUCCUCGAAACUACAGAGACACACGGAUUCACAUAAUUCAGUUAGACGGCAUAAAUGUGACAUUUGUCAAGCGCAAUUCACGCGGCGCUGUCAUUGGAAGCGACAUCUGUCGAAACAGCAUGAUAUUAUAAUUCCGAGACAGAGACCGGGAAGACAGAAGAUGAAUGCAGUUAUUGAAAAAUUUUGUACGAAUAACAAUAAAAAUGUAUGAUUGC